UCGUUUGGUCUGAAAAGCAGGAGGCUUGCUGUGAGAAACUGCUGGUCAACGUGCAACAAAUAGGAGUCUUGGUUUGUGUCUUUAUUCUGACUGGGGACGUUAUGCCGCAUUCGGCCUUGAACGGAAGAUAGUUAUUUUUUAAAUAUAUCGCUAAAGAAUAGCUUUUCCUCGGAUGUCCGUGGCGUGGUCUCAAUGGAGUCGCAUGUUAUCACCCCAGGUCCGUACAGGGCCACUAAACUGUGGAAUGAAGUGACUAAGCUUUUUCGGGCGGGCAUGCCUCUGAGAAAGCAUCGGCAGCACUUCAAGGUUUACUCAAACUGCUUCACCGCGGCUUCAGCUGUAGACUGGCUACACGAACUUCUGAGGAACAACAGUAAUUUUGGACCAGAUGUCACUAGACAUCAAACGGUUCAGCUCUUGAAGAAGUUCUUCAAAAAUCACGUUAUUGAAGAUGUCAAGGGGCGAUGGGGUAUUGAGGACCUGGAGGACAACAGUCAGCUCUACAGGUUUCCAUCAACAUCCCCUCUGAAGCCUAUUCCUGUUGGUCCCCAAGGCGUAAGAAAAAAAAGUGUGUCUUUGAAGGACAGAGAGGGUUUCUUCAAAUUAAGAGGUUCCAAGAGGGUUGACAAAGAAAUCCAAGAGGACAACUCUCCAGCAGCAGAAGAUUCAACAACUGAUACACAUUCAGAAGAGACUGUGAACUGCAGAGAUAUCACAGAGGAAGGCAUUCAGGAUAUUUGGAAGAAUGUAACCUUAACACAUUUACAGAAGUUACUAGGUCUGCCAUCUCUAGAAGAUGUUUUGAAUCCCACACAAGUUGAUUCCUCCUUCAUUGUGUAUAACAUGACCAAGGUCAACAAGCAUGGGGUUGUUACCCUAGAUGAUAAGACAGAGGAUUUGCCACACUGGGUUUUGUCAGCCAUGAAAUGUCUUGCAAACUGGCCGAAGUUUGACUCGAACCAGCCAUCUUACCCAGGCUUUGAGAGGGAUGUCUUCAAGACUGUGUCUGACUACUUCUACAGCCUUCCUCAACCACUGCUUACCUUUCAGUACUAUGAGUUAUUUGUUAACGUUUUGGUUUUGUGUGGCUAUGUCACAGCUCCAAGAAAUCAACGUGGAAAGCGUAAAAACCUGGAAGAACCAAGCUGUCCUCAACCAGCUAAAGCCCCUCACUUGAACAAUGCCAACCUUUUCAGAUCUACAGAAUGCCUCUUGCUCAGCUUGAUAAGAAAAGAGGCCUUUGAGGAGACUGAGUCGCCUAUGAGAGAAGUGUUCAUGUCUAGAAUAAAGACCCAAGCAGCAUCCUCAAGAGCACGCUCCACUGGUGCUCCUGUUAACAGAUUUCGACCCAGGAGCUGCUCUCUGGAGAGAAUCUUGGAUGAAUCAAGUGAUUCGUGUUCAAAAGGUGAGCUCUUCAGGUCUGUGGAAAGCCUCGCAUUGACUAGGACUUACAGUAGCGAGGGUUCAUCCUCUCAAGACAGUUCUGUAGCAAACACUAAACCUGAGUGCUACAGUUUUUCCUCCAUGGCUCUCGUGCCCUGCAAGACCUUUGCAGGUGAGACUCAUCCUAAUGUCCAUCCUUCACAAACUGAUAGCAGCAGCAUCAGCUCAAGUUCACAUCUGUCUUCACAACAUCAUCUAAUCAGUGAGGACCAGAGAGCUGUCAGAGCUCGCCCUAGAAGCAUUGGAAACUGCCUUGACCUUGUAGAGCACAGGGAAAUGUCUGCAAGCUGCUUCAGCAUCAAUGCUCCAGUAGCAGAAAUUACAAUGAGACCAGACUUCUCUUCUUCCACCAUUGGCCUUAGAGGAAAUGGCUUUGUCCGUUUGCAUGGAAGCUGCUUGGAUGUCAGCACAAGGCCAACCAUUACCAGACGUUGUCACAGCUCACUGGACCUGUGCAAGCCUGUGCACUCUCGCCCCUCAGUGUCCUCUGUUGCACGCCACUUGAGUCCUGAGCAAAGGUUACUGCAGCCUGCACUGGAGCGUCUUGCAGUUGAAGCCCUGCAGCUCUGUACACUUCUUCUGCCUCCUGCGUCCCGCCGCAAGCUGCAACUUCUCCUGCGCAUGAUGUCCCGCAUGAGCCAGAAUGUGGACAUGCCCCGGCUUCAUGACGUUAUUGGUACACGCACACUGAUGGUGCAAACAUUCUCUCGCUGUGUAUUAUGCUGUGAAGAGGAAGUAGAUCUGGAUGAGCUAUUGGCCACCAGGCUACUGUCUUUUCUAAUGGACCAUCAUCAGGAGAUACUCCAGGUGCCAGUGUACCUGCGCAAUGCUGUUGAGGAUCAUAUUGCCUACCUCAGAUCACAGACAAGACACUCCGGUAUAGGUUCUGGUGUUGCCAUGCCAACCUACUCAUUCUGUAGACAGAUAAGCACACAAGAGUUUGAGGAGCAGAAGUUGUCUGUGUCUCAGGCAGCCAUUGCAGACCUGCUGGAGAGCAUCCUUAAGGAUAAAACCAUGUCUGUCAAGGAGAAGAAGAAGAAACUUAAAAUGUUUCAGAAGGAGUAUCCUGACAUCUACAGUCGCCGCUUUCCCAACACAGAGAGUGAAGUGAUGCUUUUUUCAGAUAAACCAAAGAUAAAACCACCUCUAAUCAGCAUAAAGAAAACUAAAGCUUUCAGUAUUCGGAACUGAAUUUGUGUUUUUGUGUGUGUGUACAGACAUGGUUGUUAUGGAGAUAAGGGAUUCUUGUCAUUAUAUGCAGUUCAGGGAGUUAUGUCAUUGGUUUCUAUGUAUGCCAGUGGUUCUCAGACUCUUAUGGAGAGAAUCCUACAUUUCAGAGCAGAUAUCUUCAAAUCCAGACCUUGAAUCCAGUUUCUGGUCUUGGAUUUUGACAUUACUGAUAGGUGUGACACUAGGUAAACAAUCAGCUACACUGACAGUUCAGUUAACUAUUAGUGAUUACAAAAUCCUGAACUGAAAACUGGAUUGAAGGUCCAGAUUCGAAGACCUCUGUCAAAGAGAUUACUUUUUUUGUGUGUGUGAUAUUUGCUCUAAUGUAUUUGAAGGUUUACUGGGUGGUCAACAAGCCCUCUAUGAAUUGACCAUGAUGUUUGUGCAGUGUCAGGGAUUUGAAACUAUUGCUUGGGAUUCAAGUUUUUUCACGUCGUCUUUUACAGCCUUUUUACAAGGGUUGAAGUAUAUGUUUAUGUAUUUUUUUGUGUAUUUUUUUUUUUUUUUUUUUUAUGUGUUAUUUAUUUCAGAGAUGUAAAUUAUUGCAAGAUGUUCUUGGGAGCUAUAAAACAGCCUUGGGUUAGUUAUCAAUACAAGAUCAGUUUUGUCUUUUCCUCCUAAAAUGAUCUUAUCUGUGAUGCUUUUGGGAACCUCAGCCAUUUUAAUAAACACUAACUGGGACCAUAAACAGUUGAAAAUCACAUGGGAUGUUAAUAGCAGGAUUGGCUUGGGUAGUUAAAUGAAGAGCUUUUAACCAAUGAAGGUAUAUUUGUUUAUAACAAUGUAGUAACAUUAUUUGUUGCUCUGUUUUAUUUGUUUUUCCCCUUUCGUAGCUCCUCAAGUAAAUGAUUGCCCUCCAGAUUUUAUCUUGUUCUUACUGGUAUGCAUUAUUGGGAAGUUUUUCAGUUUUGAAGGCAGUAAUGUCAUGUUUCUGCCUGAAAUUGGCACUGUGUAAUUCCAGUAUGUAAUUAUUUUGAAACUAACAUGCUUUAAAAGUUUGUUUCUUGACCACAGGUUUCUUUUGGCAGCUUCUUUUUUUUUUUU